GAUUGUUUUAAGAAAAUGGCAGACAAACCAGACAUGGGGGAAAUCGCCAGCUUCGAUAAAGCCAAGCUGAAGAAAACGGAGACGCAGGAGAAGAACACCCUGCCAACCAAAGAGACCAUUGAGCAGGAGAAGCGGAGUGAAAUUUCCUAAGAUCCUGGAGGAUUUCGUACCCCCGUCAUCUUCGAGACCCCAGUCGUGAUGUGGAGGAAGAGCCACCUGCAAGAUGGACACGAGCCACAAGCUGCACUGUGAACCUGGGCACUCCGCGCCGUUGCCACCGGCCUGUGGGUCUCUGAAGGGACCCCCCCCCCAAUCGGACUGCCAAAUUCUCCGGUUUGCCCCGGGAUAUUAUAGAAAAUUAUUUGUAUGAAUAAUGAAAAUAAAACACACCUCGUGGCA